AUGAGUCUCUGGAUGGAGACACCGAGUGUAGUCGUGGAUGAAAAACGCCUGUUGCAAAAUAUCGAUCGGAUGCAGGAACUAGCGAUAUUGAAUCAUGUGAAUCUUCGCCCUCAUGUUAAGACUCACAAGACACGAGAGAUUGCGACGAUGCAAUUGGCAGCUGGAGCUUGUGGUCUCACAGUCUCAAAACCAUCCGAAGCACUGCAGUUUCUACGAGGUAAAGUUCCAGGACUUACAAGUUUAACGCUCGCGUAUCCCGUGGUGCAAUGUAAGAAGAUCCAAGAGGUGCUACAGGCAGCACAGGAGGUCGACGUCGAGUUUUUGCUGACGGUCGACAGCUCCGAGGGCGUUGACGCUGCACAGAAGGCGGCCGAAACUACUUGCUGCAUUUUGAAGCUGCUGAUCCAUGUUGACGUUGGAUACCAUCGAGUAGGCAUUGAAGCCGAUGAUCCAAAGCUGCUCCAGCUAGCCCAGCGCAUUAACGCGUCAAGUAGUCUGGAAUUCUGUGGACUGCUAUCUCAUGCAGGCCAGGCGUACCGUUGCAAGUCGGUAGUGGAAUGUACCGAGGUGGCGGAGACGGAGAGAAUGAUGAUGGUUCGUAUUAAGAACAUGCUGGAGGCGAAUCGAAUUGCGGUGCCCGUGGUGUCUGUGGGCAGUACUCUAACGGAGCCAGCGCGUACGGACUUUACUGGAAUUAGCGAGAUCCGCCCUGGCAAUUACGUAUUCCUCGAUCGUACACCUGUGCGAAUGGGACUGUUUUCAAUGCAGGAUGUCGCGCUGACCGUUCUUGCGACGGUGGUCAGCUCGAACAAGUACAAUUUCAUCGUUGACGCUGGUUCAAAGGUGUUGAGCUCAGAUGGAGCACGAUCGGAUGGAGGAUUCGGAUCGACAUGUUAUGGUCUUGCUUUUUACCACAAGGAUUUCGAUCGCGUUGUGAAAGAACCUACCCAAAACAAGACAGUACUAGAGGAUGGUCAAGAGCUCAUUUGCUUCGAGGUGACGAGCUUGUCAGAAGAACACGGCUGGGUAAAGAAGAUUGAGGGCAUUCCUUCGCCUGCCAUCGGCGAACGCCUCGUCAUUGUGCCGAAUCAUUCGUGCGUCGUGUCAAACCUUACCGACUCGUUUUACAUCCAGGGUAAAGAGCCAAAGAGCUGGACGCUACUGUCGCGUGGAUGCACGAUGUAG